AUGGAUGGAAUCGAAUUAAGUGUUCAGCCCACCGACACGGAUGGCGUGGUAGAUGAUGGUGAUGAUAAGGACGGCGACUCUAUGUACCAGGAGCGCUGUGCAAAGCUAAAAGGCCUACGCAAAUACCUGACCUAUGAACGAAUGGUGGUGCUAAAGACACUGACUGGACAGCUUAUGCACGUCAUUGACUUGGCCCUGGACAUAUCAGUCACCGUGAAAUUCUACACAAAAGUAUGUAUCCGGUUUUCCAAAGCCUCUUCGUGAAAGUCCUUCGCGUUGCUCGAUAGGCCAGGAGUGAAAGAGGGGGAAAUUAGCAUACUUUUGCAAUUUAAAAAAACAGUGGGUUGAUACUUUUGGGAUUGUCAGUUCUGGCCCAUUUUCCAUCAGUAGGCAUGAAUACCCAAACCUAUUCUGUUAGCCCGAGACUGAAACUUGAGUGUUAUUUCCGUUCUACAAGUAAAAUGGCUCGGCAGAAGCUUUCUGACGAACAAUAAAUUUCCACUCGGGAUACUGAUUCACAAGUUUGAUCGAUGCUCCAUUCGCCAGCACAUGGAAUCGCAAGAUCCCUACGUGUACUGACUAAAUCUCGCCAAGCUGAUGAACCAUGUUAAGGAGCCAGUAAUUGAACGUACUAUGGGCGAGUUUAUCCUUUCCUGGGCUCCCAUAACAAGCCCUUGCCAGCCUGCAGUCUGGCAAGGACGAGGCCAUCUCACAUCAGAACCAAUGGUUCAAGAAUCUUCUCGCAGUCGACUAGCUUGUCCGACUGCAGCACCGAGCUGGGGUAUUCCGUGUUAGCUUGAGGUAUUGGCCUGGGGACUGCAAAAACGGUAAAAUAACGACAUUUAGUUGCCUAUCCAAAGGAGGCUUAAAUGACUAUGUCUAGUUCAUUUAUCGUUGUCACGUAUCCGCACCUCAAAUCUCAUGAUUUGCACUUCAGUUCAGCUGACUCCAGUAGACUGACUGGUUUUUUAAACUCACAGUGGAAUAAGAGCUACCGAUCCGACCUGACUGCGCGUCAGCGGCCUCUAUAACACUCCCAGACAUGUAAGAUUUAACGCUGUCAGCCCCCUUUCUUGUGUAAAUCUUGUGUGUUGUGCGGGGACCAAGCCUUGUGUGGCAGGCGUGGACGGAAAAUUCAGCUUCAUCAGUCACUUUCGUCCAGUCGCUGAGCAUCAGAUGGCUGAUAGCCUCGGACAGCGGGCUGGUGAAGCGAGAUCGAUAUUGGGGUCUCUAUUCCACAGACGAUCAAUGCAUUCCUCCCUACAAAAAACCUGAUACGCCUGUAUCUGCCACGGCGCACUAAACAUCGAGGCUUGAAGGGCUGCCAACCGAGGGGAUAACAGGGUCCUUUUCGGAACUGUGAGUCAGACCACAAUAACUCCUUCAUAAUGUGGCCUCUGUGGCAUUCCCACUCAGACGGGGUCUGAGGUACCCCCCCCCCUCCCCCUUGUUCCCGCGAGAACCCCGUCCGUCGUGUGUGGACAGGGCGUGAGUGACACGCGCAGACAGGCUACUCAACCUCGUCAGCCACUGCAUCCGAGCCACCCCCAGCCAUCCCGGCACUGGCUUGCCUGAAAGCUGGGGUGGGAGAGAGUGCGGCAGAUGCUGCGCAAGUCUGCAAUCAGUAUAACCAAGUUCGCGCACAAAUCAUCGGCCUGCGCUUGCCAUGCUGCGGAGUCCAUGACGGGCGUCAUCGUUCUCGAUGGCUGAACUGACACACAAACGUUCCGCUUUGCUUUAGAGGCCCUCACAGGCAGCCAUAUAGUUGGCGAAAGAUUGAGUCCUAAGGUGGUAUGGAAUAAUCUGACCCGCGCGCCGUCGGCGUGUCGAAGUAGAGAUGGGAGAUGAGCGUUCCAUUUAGAAGGUUUAAAGAACAGACGCUGAGUCAGAAGUUAGUCAUCUGUUUCUUUUGACAGGACUGAACAAUCUCGGCUAACUUGAGAGGCUUUCUAGACUCAUACGUCUAAUUUCAGCCCACUGGCCUGGUUUAUGCGCGUACACAUAUUUUGCUGUUCACAAGGAAACUGCACCUUUCGUCUUUUCGGGCAGCGGUGUUUCUUCGCUGACAUGGCAACGUCAGGAUCCCUUACAACGUUAUAAAUGCCUUCGCAGGAGCGAGCUUACCACUGAGCACAUGACCGAGCCCAUCGGCUAUGAGUAGUCUAUACCUCGCAGAGAUAGUAGGAGACGUAUUACACGGAACAUUCGCGAAAAUGCUGAAAAGCGAUUUCGACCAGAAGGGAUUACUGAAGUGAUUUUGUAAUAAUGAGUAGCGCGCAGCCUGAUUCAAAAAUAUUCCACUCACUACGCCCGAUUUGAAUGCAAAUCUUUCCGACCGUCCGUAUGAACCACACUCGCAGAAAGGGGACAACUUACCUGGUGCUGAUUGUUUUCGCUCAUUUUUAUGUUCUCGUGAAUCAUCGGAUGACGGGCUUGGGGUAGCAGAACGAUAACGAUUCUAUGAGAAGCUUUACAGUGGGCGAAACAUCUCCUAAAACUCUGAAAAAUGAUCGCAAUCAGGAAGGAUUAAUAAGGCGAUGUUGCAGUGAUCUAUCUUUAAGCAUGCUCUCAGGGCAUUUCAGUCACUUCGGUAUACUGGGUUUUGAAUGCGCUUCUCUCCAGCUGUUUGAGAAAACACAGUCGUUAAAAGUGAUUAAUUUCAUCGCUUUUCGAUGCCCACGUAAAUCCGAACAUGUUUUGUGGAAAUAAUGCUUAAAACCAUUCUUUCUUCUGUUCAUUUCGUAGAGAAUGGCGUCUUCUUCGAGUUUUAUAUUCGAAUAAAUAGUAGAUUUUAACUCAUAAAACUUCGUAACGGAUAUGGACCAAGUUCUAUAGUUUACUAACAGCCUUACUAAUAGGAAAAACAGCAGUCUAUUUGAAUCGAUAUUUUACAUUCUAAAAUACCAUAAUUGAACAUCUCUUAAGUCAAAAGAAGGGCGAAUCCUUAUGCAAGCUCUACAAAAAGACCCGUGGUUUUCAACAGUAAUGCAUGCUGCGCAAGCCGGAAACCUUGAGUGGCAGAAAUGCUUUGGCAUUGUGCUGAUUGAUAAGCAUUGUUACAACCCUCUCCUAAGUGAUUUUUUCUGAUCGAAAAUGCGUCAUGAGAUAAUGUACAAAAUCCUACUCCGCCUACCGAAGGUCUCCUUGAUGCACUCCCCAAACUUAAAUGCAACUUUUAAUGACAGCCGAAACCCACCAAGUAAAAUCCUGCAUGGGUCUGUGUCCCUUGACCGGGAGAUAUUAGACAUAAGGGAGUUUCAUAAUAAAGUUGUUAUCCUCCCUGUAAAGGUCUCCCCGAAGAUGACUUAUAGAACCAGUUCCUCUGCUUCAGAGAGUUCAGUUGCUACCUAAUCUGACGACUCCGUGUUUUGACGACUGGUCACAUGACUUUACAGCUGCAGAUAGAGAGGCUGACUCACCCCUAACUCCUGUAUAAUAUACAAUUAUUCAAACAGAUCAUAUUUUGUCUAAAACAACCCUGAACUCAAAGGGCCUCUAGGAGGUCUCUGCUCUCCAUUGUCGAUGUUCGUUUUGCUUACUUUACUUUUUCUUUGCAGGGUGAAGUUGUGUUUGCCGUGUGGAGCUGUUGUUUCAUCAUCAUACCCUACCUGUGCAAUGUUCUUUUGAGUCUUCUUGGAUUUGUGAUCAUUUCGAAAAAAAAUCCUGGUACUAAGAAGCCCUGGUGCGCCCUGAUUGUCCUGCAUGCUCUUCCAAUUGUGCCUGCCCUGUGGUAAGUUCGGACCGGACUUUUGUCUCUAAGAGAUUUUUCUACCGCACCGAUUUUCCGACAAAGACUAACCAUGCAAGAGAUAUGAGUUGUUAGAAUGUAGUAUUAUAACCACAGCGAGGAAACCAAUCUGUAUAUUCUAGACCACCCUCACGCCUUGAUGACACUGUACAAACACACCUCCUAUCGGCAAGGGUCGAUUAAACUUUCCUGGUCCCAAUUGUAAGCGUAAUGUGGGCUCUGAUAUGGAAGUAAGCCGAAGUGAGACACUGAAAUCCUUCGUGUGGAAAGUAGGCGAGGCUGAAACGGAAAAGGUAACUUAGUGUAUGAAAAAUCUGCCGUGAUAUUGAAGAAAGCCUAGAAUCCCCACAAAAGAACUGACUGAAAUAACAGGCGGGGCAGCAAUACACCAAACCUAAUGGUAAAUCUAACCUGAGCAGUAAAUCUAAUCCUAAACGUACAUAUAAGCCUAAAGUCAAUCCGUAACUUAACACUGAACUUAACACUAAACCUACCACAAAACCUAGCCCUAACCCUAAGCCUAACUUUAACCCUGACCCAAAUCCGAACCCUAACCUAACGCCAACAUCAAUCCUGCCACCAGCCGUAAACCUAAACCGCAAUCCAAAUCCUACCUCUAACCGGAACCCUUGAACUUCAGAUAAGCCCUAACCCUAAACGCAAUUGUCAGCCGGACACCAUCCCAAACCCUAAAACUAACCCUAUCUCUAAACCGAAACAUCAGGUUGCCCUUUUCGGUUUUAGCCUUGGCUAUUUUCCCACUAAAGAUUUCAACGUCUUGCUUCAGCUUACUUCACUUUCAAUCCCCGCAUUGCGCUUGGGACCAGGACAGCGCAGCUGAUCCCUACCCUUUUUCCUUCUGUUUUAAUGCUGACAAAUAUGCUCAAAGAUAUAAUUAGCAUUGUUACGUAGCCAGUUAACAUGUGAAGCUUGAACUACAAAUACUGCGUAAUUUUUGAAAACCUAUCCGAAGUUUAACUCCCUAAAUCUUGGGCCAGUACCUGCAUAUGACUAUAUAUGAACGGGUAGGUCAAAAAACCGGGCGCAGAAUAUUCGUCCUUCGUAAACUUUGUACAUAUUAAAAUACAACUCGAAACGGAUCCCUCUGCCAGGCGCUUUUUUGCAAAGUCGACCCGCUGCAAACUAGCGAACAGUGAAGGUUCUUCCUGCAAAGUGACGUCUCGAACUUACGCCCUAGUUCACUGGUUGUCCAUUGUGACGUCAAGCCGCUCUCAUAUGCGGGCUAUCACUGAUAAAGGUCAAGUGCCUCACGUUGUCUUCUGAAGCCCUGACACACGUUUUUAAAAUGCUCGUUCUGAUUUGCUGCCUUUGAAUAAUUCAUAUCCCGUGACGCUGAUAAGCAUGGAAAAAGCCACUUUUUCGUGAAAAGGGGGCAAUAUGAAGGACCAUUAUUUUUAAUCCUGAUAUUCCAAAAGCAUCCAACGUCUAGACACGGCAGUAUGGAAUCUCCGUAUCACAGAUGACCUUGCGCCAAAUUCCAACAGGGUAGCCAUUUCUAUGUCCUGACCUUGACCCCAACACUGGCCAUGGACGUAACCCUAUCACUCCUUUGGAAUUUAGCGCGAAACAAACUGAACUACGGUGGUCCAUAUCCCUGCGUCCUAACAACCCAAUUUCCGGCGCCAAAGUGCGAAUUAGCUACUAGUCCCUCAGUGCUUCGGGGUUCGUAGGUCCUGGCGCUCAACUGCUGACCCCAGUGUCAAGCGUCAAGGUACGACAGUUAUGCAGAUGCCCCCCAACCCACCCCACCCCCGGCCGUUUACUUCAGCGUGCUGUAAGUAUGUGACCUAACCCAUGAAACCUGAUGACAGGAAUUGAUAUGAGGAUUUUCUGACUCCUUAAAUGUUGCGCAUUACGCUCGCUCGUCCAGCUUCUUCAAGUAAAUGUCCUUUUUUGCAGAAAAUGUGUUCACGCAGUUUCGUCGGACAAGAUGCUCAUAAAUUUAGAGGGAAAUGGAUUUUGCGAUAUAUUCGGACAAUUACCUACGCUAAUACCUGCCCUAGACUUCGGUUACUUAUUUGAGCGUGUUUUCUUAGGGCGUAGAGUAAUUCAUUUUCAAUAUUGUUACUAAUCAAAGUUUGGUACACUUGAGAAUUGAUUUUUUGUCUGAUGCUAACUGUGGGAGUCAGUUCGUCAGCGCAGAAGCUACUUUUAAAUAACCGGACUUUUCAUUGAUUUUUUAAAGUCGGAUUGGCAUAUCUGUGUGAUUUCAUGCCUUAAAGAGCAGUACUAAAGCACACAGGCAAUCCCUUGUUUAAACGGACCGAAUUUGUUUUGCCGUCUGGAAAAUAUUAUAUAUUGACACCAAAAUGCCUACCAGCGGAUAGUCAGUUUCAAUUUUAAACGCAUGAAGCAUUAUUUUUUGUUUUGCCUAGUUUCUGCGUUUACGUAAUUCAGCAAUAGGACGAGCAAGCAAUUAACAGUCUCAGCAAUAUAUCAAUAUUUAUAUGGUCGCUCUGCAGUACAUCCAUAACUGUAUGCCACGACUCUCGAAUUGCAAGUCUCAUGCGACAGAAGUGGUACAGCUCUUGACUCAAAUGCUCAAUGACCAGUCGACCCGGACUCAAAUAUCAGGCCUUUUCGAUCUAACUGGUGAUGACUGAUGUAUAUCUCCUUCCCGCAAGAGGGUCCGACGACUCGCGUUCGGCAGACUCUUACUAGGUCCAAGCCUACUUUGUACGUCUUUUUGUAGUGAGAAUAAAAGUCGGUGAAUGAUCAAAGCCAACGGGACAACUAGCCCAUGGCUCAGUCAUACUUCUAACCACCAGGUCGUGGGUUCAAGCCUUGAAGGUUCCAUACUUUUGGGGUUCGGCGUGACUGGUUGAUGACGGCGAAUAAGCCAGAAACAGUUAUCACAGUCUCUCUUGUCUUUGUCGAUAGUGCUAUUCGGCCUAUAUUACGCUCCGCUGUGCGGCUGCUGACGGCGCUCGAGAUUGAGCCCCAAGGCACAACGAAACGAGUGAGUUACCGGUAAGAUAAAAGGCACAAGACGACUUCCCCAUCCAUGCACCGUAUCUCAUUUAGGUACGCACCACCAACGCACCUGGGUCCCGUAUUUUCGACUCUGCAGACCAAGCGGACGAGCGAGAGAAAGGGUCGGCUGGCCAAUUUCACGGUUCGAGUAGUUCCCUCCCUGUUGAUCUUCACGGAGUGCUUCGUGGAGUCUAUCCCACAGUUCCUCAUUCAGUCCUUCAACCUCCUAACCUCACCGUUCGGCCACAGCGUGGGCAAGUCUUUUUUGCGAUGUACUACUUAG